CACCACUAAGAUUGCACUCAAGUGUAACUGGACCAAAAUUCUGGACACUCAACGCAAAUAUUAUAAAAACAAAUAAACAAAUAACUGCUGACAUGGUAGAGGCUCAAUCUGUACAUUAUUUGUCUGUGUGUUUUAUUAGAUACAGUUUUUGAGCCGAGACUCACAAUGACCUCUACGGACAGUUGGACAAUCUUGUCUCUGAUGUCCUGCGUGUCCUGCAGUACGUGUCUUGCUGCCUCCCUUGUGGUCAUUCUGCUUUUCUACUACCUGUUCAGUUCCAGAAGUGUUGAGCCAAACAACGAUGACUGGUCAAGACUUGGUGUGACCUAUCCUAACCUGCCAAGUCGAUUUUUCGCGGGAACUAACUUUCGGCAACAAGUAGCACUGCUCAUUGAACAAUAUGGCGACAUUGUUGGCUUGAAGAUCACUAGCCGUAUGUGGCUGCUUACUACUAAUUUAGAUCUCCUGCGGACCAUAAUGAUCAAGGACUUCAACAACUUCGUAGACAGGGCUGAUAAGCUCAACUCAAACACACCCCUGGCCAGGUGUUUGUUCUUCGCUAGGGGCAACGACUGGCGGCGCCAUCGGCAGGUUGUCUCACCGACAUUCAGCUCUGGCAAGCUAAAAUACAUUUCCAAAUCUGUAGACGUUUCGGCUAAGAGAUUGGCCGACUACCUGGCCCAGUGUGCUCAAGACGGAACUGUUGUGCCAAUUAAAGACGCCAGCGCGCGAUAUUCUUGCGAGAUCAUUGCCAAGGUGGCUUUCGGAUUAGACGCAAAGUUUGUGAAGAAAGAAAGCUCGGAGUUUUACGAACACGGUAAGAACAUGUUGGUUCUCAACCCCGGAAGCAUUACGAGUUUUAUUCUUAUGUUAAUGCACAGAGUUCCAAAACUGGUUUACACCUGCAAUAAGAUCUUUAGAUCCGUUCAGCUGUUUGAGGCGGUGAAUCUGAAAGCCAACUCUUACUUUCAGGACAUUUUAACGUCCACCAUCGAGGCAAGAAGGAGAAACAAGAGUUCUGAGUCUGACCAGAAACACGUGGACUUCCUGGAUCUUCUGCUCAAAGCUAACGACAACAUCAAAGCCGGACGGCAGGACACUGAGGACGAAGGAGUCAGUCACGAGAAGAUUGAUCUGAGCAAAGGACUUGACGAUGAGGAGGUCAUAGGGCAGUCCAUGCUGGUCAUCUUUGCUGGACUAGAGACUACAGCCACUUCUCUUCAGAUGUGUUUAUUUGAACUGGCCAAACAUCAGGAAAUUCAGGAAAAAGUCUACGAAGAAAUCACAAGUGUCCUAGCGAAUGAAACACCAACCACUGACGACCUUCAGAAGUUGCACUACACAGAAUGUGUCAUUAGCGAGACUCUUAGGCUCCACCCACCUAUCCCAACUAUCAACCGGAAGGCCAAAGAAACACGGACGUACAAUGGCAUCACUAUCCCUAAAGGAGCUUGCAUCAUGAUCCCUUUCUGGCAUAUCCUGACGGAUCCCAAACUAUGGCCGGAGCCCCAUAAAUUCGACCCUGAGAGGUUUUCUCAGGAGGAAAAGGCCAAGCGUGACCCCAUGGCUUUCAUCUGUUUCGGUCAGGGUCCGAGGCUAUGUCUGGGCAUGCGCUUGGCAUAUCUAGAGCUGAAACAGGCGCUGGUUCAUGUUCUGAGGAGGGUGAAGGUCGUGCUGAACGACAAGACGGAGCCCAAAUUGGGCUGUGAUGUCGAGGUCAAACAAUUUGGGCUCUUGACGCCUGUCAAACCAGUUCUUUUGGCGUUUGAGAAAAGAGAAAGUGGAGCGUCCCAUUAGGACAAGCAGCGCCCCAGGGACUGUCAAAUGAAAAUCUUUGACGAAACUAGUGUGAUGGCCAUAUUUAGAUUAUUGAAAUAAAUGAUAUGUUUUUUGUCAUUUGUUAA